AUGCCUACAUCAAGCCCAUCCACUACCCACCAGGAAUCGGUUUCCACAUACCUCCUUUAUAACCGUUGGGCCGCAACUUACGACACAGACCACAACCCUUUACAAAUUCUUGACUCUGCUCUCAUUCCUUCUCUAUUCAAGACGCUGUUUUUCAUCCCGUCAGAAGCUCAAGAUAGCAUCACCAUCACCGAAUUAGGAUGUGGCACCGGCCGGAAUACUAUCCGGUUCCUCUCACCACCUAUUUCCAAAAAGAUCUCUAAAAUCCACGCUCUUGAUCUCUCGCCCGCAAUGCUUGAGAUUGCUCGGUCUCAUUGCAGCCUCUGCGUCUCGGAAAACGAUAGCCAUGUCCCCAGCAUCCAAUUCGACGAGUUCAAUGCCCUCAAUGUUCAAUCCAAGCCCGAAAUCUCGAGUUUAAUCCAAGGACAAGCGAACAUGGUUAUUAGUACUCUCGUCCUUGAACAUCUUCCCCUUGAUACGUUUUUCUCGGCUGUGACCUUCCUACUAAAACCAGAUUCGGAUAUGAAUAACGGAAGGGUGUUAAUCACCAAUAUGCACGCUGAGAUGGGUAGAUUGUCUCAGGCUGGAUUUAGCGACGAAAUUGAACGAAAGAAGACGAAAGUUAGAGGCGAAAGUUAUGUCUAUGAGAUUGAAGAAGUGGUAGAGGAAGGGAAGAAAUGGGGAUUCCAUGUCGUGGGGGAGGUGUUGGAAAGGACAGUAAAAAAAUCUGAUGUUGAGGAGGAUGGCAGUGGAUUAAAGCUAGGAACCAGGGGGAGAAAAUGGAUAGGAAGGAAAAUGUGGUUCGGAAUGGUUAUGCAGAGGGAAUACCAACAAAACAAUUCAACACCGUAA